AGAUCUUUAUUCUUAAAGGGAUCCCGAGGUGUCUACACAAGUUUGGUUUAUAUGAAAAUGUACAUGAUUUUAUUCAUACCUUUGUUAUUUAUUUUGUUCAAACUCAUCGAUUCAACAAAUAACGUUAAUCAAAAGUUUGUGCUUCGCUCGCUUACUUCCUUCCCGCUCUGUCCGCCAUUGCUUCUUGUCCAACUUCUUUUCGAAAUAGUGAAGAACUUAUUUUCAUUACUCAAAACCACAAAUUAGUUAUUAUGACGUCACAGUUGCGUAGCGUGAAAAAAUUGCUGUUAGCCUAUAAACAAUCCCUCUGGCUUCACUGCAUUCGUCUUCCUAUUUUAUAAGUUGAUGCAACAUUCUCUGUAUAAAAUGUCUUUUAUGAUCAUGUGUACGACCACGAAACUCAUUCUGAAAAAUAUGCUCAUCUCAGAUUUGUUUCGCGGUCUUUUUCACGUGGUGCGCAUGCUGUGAGGACGUGUAAACAUGCCGCACUGUUGUGCUUAUAAAUGUCACAAUCAAUCUAAUUUAAAUGAUAAUGUAUCGUAUCAUAAAUUUCCAAAGGAUCCAGAAUUAAAUAAAACAUGGAUUGCCAAAGUCAAACGGACCUCACUGCCAAAAUAUCGGUACUUGUGUUCAACCCAUUUCACCGAAGACUGUUUCGACAAAUCUUUUGAUAUGCAACAAAAGUAUGCAGCAAAUAAAAAUAAAAAAAUGAUUCGGAAGCUGGUGCCAGGGGCAAUACCCACCUUAUUCCCUCAUAUUGAGCCAACACCUGAGAGAGCAUCAUCCACAAAAAGAUUGAAAGUCAAAGAACAAGCUGAGGUAUUGUGAUUUGCAAUAACAACUUGGUGACCAGUCUUCAGCUUAUAAUUACGAGAUAUCAAAUAUGAAACUUCUUGAGAAAAAUGAUAAAUAUAGAUACGUAAAUUUAUUUAUCUUCCUUCCAAUCAUAUACAUUUUGUGUUAUAAAAAGGUGUGACAUAUAUAAUAUAAUAUACCUUAGUACCCAGGCCUUAUCAUUUGAUUUUCUUUUAAUUUCAGAUUGUCUCAGACUUAUUAGAAAAACAAGACUCUUAUACAAUUCCAGUUGAUGAUUUUGACAGUCUUGGAAGCCUCUCGCCUGCUGAUUCUGAUGUUCAAGGUUCUAGAAAUAUGUCAACUCAAACAGACAUCACUUACAACACAGUCAGUGUGCAAACAGAACCGACGUAUUAUCGAGAUGCGUCUACCCUCACGAGGAUGAGACACUUCAGAAGUAUUAGGUGCCAAACAAAAACGUUCAAAAAGAACAAUCCAUCGAAAGGUGUACAAUUUCCAAUACCCAAGAAAGGUAUUUUAGAAAGUGAUGGCGUAAAAAUUGUUUGUCAGAAUCGUGAGAGUGUGUCGACUGACGUGUUAGAGACUGUGGUGGCUGACAAUUUUUGUAACAAUUUGGGUGUUCAGAAUAGUGGUUUAGAUGAAGCGGAGGAUGUCAUUAGUGCUGCUGUUGAAAUUGUAAAUAAUAAAUUGGAUGGUGUAAAUAAUAAAUUGGAUGGUGUAAAUAAUAAAUUGGAUGGUGUAAAUAAUGAAUUGGAUGGUGUAAAUAAUGAAUUGGAGGUUGUAAAUAAUGAAUUGGAGGUUGUAAAUAAUGAAUUGGAAUUGGAUGAUAAAUCAGAAAGUUCGAGUGACGAAUGUGGUGAAGACGCUGCUGAUAGUGAUUAUGUUCCUUCACAGAAUGAGAAUGCAACAGAAUCUGAUCUUUCGCAGAAUGAGUGUGUCAGUUGGAAGGAGAAAAUUAGAAAUGAACGUGUAUUUCUAGUUUACGAGAGUAAGUUAUUUGAAUUGCUCGGUCGGUGUCCAAGGUGUGGUGGGCCUGUUGAUCAAUCUGAAAUCAGAGAAGUUAUGAAUACCGGUUCCCAAUUGCAUUUAAAAAUUAAUUGCUUCAAUGAAUGCAAUAUCGAAUGGAAAAGUCAACCAAUGGUCGGCUCACUAAACGGAUUGGGAAAUUUAUUUAUUUCAACAUCAAUCGCUUUUUCAGGGGUACCGUUUGCAAAAAUUUCGAGGUUUGCAUGGUUGAUUAAUUUGAAAUUCAUAUCUGACAGUGUGUAUUAUCAGAUUCGACGUGAUUUCAUCCUUCCCGUAGUUAGACAAAAGUGGAAUGUCGAACGUAAACGUAUGGUGGAAUUGUUGAAAUCGCGUGAUGUCGUUGUUCUCGUUGGUGACGGAAGAUGCGAUAGCCCUGGCCAUUCUGCAAAGUACUGCAAUUAUACGUUCAUGGAAACACUUACCGGGAAAGUUAUUGACACUGUUGUGGUACCUGUAACAGAAGUAAAGAAUUCAAACGCCAUGGAAAAAGAAGGGUUUGUUCGUAUUUUACGACAGCUGCAAAAUAACGAUGUUCACGUGGAUGUUGUGGCCACAGAUAAACACACACAAAUACGCAAACUAAUGCGAGUGAACCCUGAGUUCAACACAAUCAAACAUCAAUUUGAUCCAUGGCACGUUGCCAAAAAUAUAAAUAAAAAAAUCAAUAAAAUUGCAAAAAAGAAAAGUCAUGAAAGUUUGUUAGAGUGGGUACCUUCAAUAGUGAACCACUUCUGGUGGAGCGUUACAACUGCCAAUGGCGAUGCUGACCUUAUCUAUGAAAAAUUUCAGUCAAUCAUCUAUCACACUAUCAACAAACAUGAAUGGCCGGGAUGUAAAAAAUUUAAAAGGUGUGAACAUGAACCACUUACGAAAGAAGAACAAAAAAGUAAGAACUGGUUGUUAGAGGGUUCACCAGCUCAUCAAUAUUUAGUUUCAAUGGUCAGAGACAAGUCCUUCAAAAAUGACUUGAAGUAUUUAACGGAUGUCGUGCACACAACGAAUGUGGAAGUUUUUAACAACCUUUUGUUGAAGUAUAUUCCUAAGCAGUACCAUUUUCAGCACGAUCAUAUGGUCAUGGGUGCUUAUCUGGCUGCUUUGGAUAAUAACUUCAACUGCCAGCGAACUCAAGCAAUUAUUCAAUCUGGUGAACAGCUUGGGAAACCACGCUUCAAAAUUGCUUGGCGCAAACCAACGAAGAAGUUAAUCGCUAGAACAGUAUUUGAGAAAAAAAAUUAUGAAUACUUGAAGGUCAUGAUGAUAAGUGCAUACAAACGAGCGGCGAAACGUGAAAAACACAGGUCGAGAAAGCGAAUCAUGGCACCAAAAGAAAGAGCAAGCCGAGAUGAAAUAAUUGAGAAGAAAACGAAAAUGGCGAGAUUUAAAACAUGAUAUAUACAUGUAAUUUAGAAAAGGUUUUGGGGGAAGCGAUUUAAUUCUAUCAAAUUUGAAAAACGUCCUGGGUUCUAAGUUCACAAAUUCAGUCGAAUAGGCGUUUGUGUUAAGGGCUCUAUCUGUUCUGUUCUUCGCUCGUCAUGUACUCCCACGCCUGGAUAAUUUCAGACAUCCCGUCUGCUCCCUCAUCGUCGCCAUCGAAAUUCACAUAAAUUCCAUUUUCUUCUGGAAAUUUUUUUCUAAUUUUUGAAACCACACAAGCGGGAAUGAUUCUACGAACAUGUCUUCCAAGUUUUGUAUAAACAAACCAAGAAAACUGUCGAUACGCUGCGUAGCGAUAAGUCCUAAAACGAGAAAAAGGCCUGGGGAUGAGGUUCAUUAAAUGUAUAUUUUUGCAUGUACAUAAGUUGAGUAUAGUUUUUUGAGAUAUAAAUAGAGUUAUUUUGUUGUUUUGUAUUUUGUUGAGCGUGUUGAGAAACAUUUUGUAUGAGAUCUAUGUUUGAGAAUAAUAUAUAUUUUUACCGAUUCGGUAUAUUGUCUAUGCAAGGUAGCCAUGCACCUUCCCUGUCAUUCAAACUAACCAUAGCGGUCCAUAAAACAUGUGGAUUUAAACACACAGCAUCGAAACUUUCAUGCUGAGUUACGCAUGUAUAAUCUAGAAAAAAAACAAAUUGGGAAAAUUUACAAACUAGAUCUAGAGGCCUGUCUCAUACAGGUCCUGGGAUCGAGCAUAUAAAAAUUUCUUAGUUAUUCAUUCAACAAAAUAUGCACACUAAUCAAUUAUACAGAAUCAUACCACCAGAAAUAUAUCUCAACUUUAUUUCGUCGAUUUCUGUGCAGCAUAAACAUUCACGACUCACAGGCAUCGUACAGCAAAACGAACAUUUACACCAUGAGGAUGGUUCGACGUCUAGGCGAUUGAUACGAGGCUCUUGCUCUCUAACUUCUUCUGGACAGUCGGGAACAUCUUCCCAACUAUCAUCGCUAUCAUUGUUGGAAUUGUUAACAACCUUUUUUUGUGGUUCAAACUGGUAAGGAUUUACAGACAUUUUGCUGCAUUAACGAAACGAUUUUCUUGUGUAUUAUGUAUUUCGCGCGCUUUUGAUACUGAACUGGCGCGUCACAACUUUGACCCAUGGAAAAAAGACUGGACGCUAGAGUUGAAUUUUACCGAAAUAUAAUCACAACAAAAUGGAGGCGAGCGCUGCUGUUUUUACGAGGUAAACAUGGAUAUAUCUUCUACAUAAUAUUGAUUUGGCUAAAAAGACUUUCUCUACUAUAUUUCUUUGAAUGUUUUGAGUUGCAUAAGCAUUACUUGUGUAGACACCUCGGGAUCCCUUUAAUUAUGGCAUAAAGCCGUACAUAUAAACCUAAAAGAUAUAAUGAACAUAAUGACAUAUACUACUAAUUUAUUCUCAAUAUUCCCGGAAAUAAGGGGCGGGAUAGUAAAUUCUACCGAAAUUUUGCAGUUUUUUUUUUUUUUUUUUUUUUUAUAAGGCAUGGAGCAUUUACAGCGAUCGCUAUUCUGAUGAUUCCGUCAACUAUUGUUUUUUCUCAUCAACAUUUUCUGGUGGUUCUCAACCAAGACUACUCGUUCUGUCAUAGUACUGCCGGUUCGCUGCUGGUUCUCUGGUUGUUCUACGGAGACUGGUGGUUCGCUGCUUGUUCUGUGGUGGUUCUGCGGAGACUAGUUGUUACCUGUUUUAGUUAUUACGGAAGUGGGAGCAUUGUCCAUAUUUUUACAACAUUUGUAUCUGAGGAAUAAAAAAAGGGCAUGGCAUGAUUUACAUAACUUAGGCAUAGCCAAGGAUCAUUGGACCUUGUUUAAUGAAAUAGGUAUUCCAAAGUAUAGAUUUCAUUGCAAUUACAGUGGGACCACUUAUCACAAUAAUUGCUUAAAAUUGCAUGUCUGUUGUUUUUAACUGGUUUUCCACACACACUACAGGGAAACUGUAUCAUUUACACUUUAAACAGAAAAAGUAACAAAUAAUAAAUCGACAAAAAAUCGAAAGUAAAAGCGAUCACAGAAAAUGAGAAAAAAAGAGAAGAUAAAAAACAUCUACUUACAAGAAUUACUCCUGGAACCAUUUUAAACUGGAGUUAUUACGAUAGCAGAGAAGCAGUGAUGGGGCCGUUAAGAUUGUACCCUUGGAACAUCUCAUUUAACUGGGAUUUAUUAAAGAUCAAAACUAAAGAGGCGUCUAGGGCCUCAAUCUUGACAGUCCCACCAGUGAAUCAGAACUAGAGAUAAGACUGUCACUGUAUAACAUAUGCACAUUGUACCAGGAAUUCCAUGAAAAAAACAACACGAAUGAACCUAUAUUUGUUAAUUUGCGCAUGCAAUUUUUUAUUUUUUAUUAUUCACUUAUGGAGUGGUUUAAAAGUGUUAAUAUAUUAACGAAACACA